GACUGGAUGGACUGAAACAGAGACUGAGACGACUGGAUCGGAGGUCUUCGAUGGACUUCGGAGGGCUUCGAUGGACUUCGGAGGGCUGCGACUGAGAGAGAGAGGUUCGAUCGACUUGAGAAGGCUUCGACUGAGAGAAACAAGCUCUUCGCAGGUUUGAUUAAACAUGGGAAACAAGCCUGCAAAGGAAGAGAAGGAAGAGAUAUUCCUAAAGAUUGUACCUCCUUUUGACCGUGCAUAUGUGCAGUGGCUUGCUCGAGAUCUUGAGAGGAUUCAUCGCUUUACUCCAAGAAAUCCACGUGCUGUGAAGCCACCAGAUCAUUACAUCGAGUACAUGCGCUUAAAUGGAUGGUUGGAUUUGGACCUGGAUGAUCCUGACCUUGCCCACUUAUUGAAGUAGAUAAUCAUAUAUAUAUCUACUACUUGUAAGAGAUUAACAAAGUGAGACACAAUACUUGGGUUUUGGGAGGUCUUGAAAUUAAUAUUUUGGUGUAAAUGCUUUAUAUGAAUACCUUCCGAUAGUUGGGUUAUCUUGAUGAGAAAAUCGUCUUAAUGAUGAAAGUUGGCUGGUUUUCAUUUGAUAUUA